CCGCCUAUAGCGAGGAGUGGCUACCCAGGGGCAAGCCCCUGGCAAGAUCUCCGGCCAGGUCCCAUCCCGAGGUUUCUUCUUCGGAUGGGUCUCUCAACGAUUCAGCAAUGAAUUCGCUCCCGACGGCCACCUCCCCUCGGCCAGCGGAUGACACGGAGGUGCAGUCCCAAAGGGUACCAGAGCAGGGGGAGGCGGCUCUGGAGACGCCCCAAGGCGAAAUUCCAGAUGCCGGGCACAUGGGGAGUAAGAUCCCCAUGGAUUAUGCUGACGAGAGCCGCAGCAAGCUGGGCUCCCAGCCGGACACUGCACCGGAACCUCCAAAGGUUCCGGAUUCGGGUGCACAACCCCUCGCUAGGGAGGGCGAGCCGGCCGUGCCGAUGACCUCCGUUGCGCCAGAGGCGUCAGAUAGUUUGCUGGAAGUGCUUCGCGGCGCUUCCAUGGGUGAAGAGCACCAUACUCUUAUGAGUGCGGUGAUUCAGAAGGUUCGGUCUGCCAAAAGAGGAUUGACCGAAGCCCGCACCAGCCUCCUGACAGGCUUUGAGGCGGUGCUGCUUGCCGCUGCUGCCUGGACAACAGAGGUCGCCGGACUCGAACGGGACCUGAAGCAGGCCGAAGAGGAGCUCGGCCUCACGAAGAGGCAGCUCGAAGAGAACAAAGGGGCCGCGACCGAAGUGGCGGCUGUGAAGAAAGCGCUAUCCGAGGCCGAAGGUAAGGCAGCCAUGGAGGCAUUGAGCGUGAAAAGCAAGAUGUUAGGGUGGGCGAGGUACAACAAGAGCUCCAGGAGUUUGGCAAGAAGUUCGAGUCCUUGGAGCGUGACUUCAAGACGAAAGAGUCCGAGCUUGCGAAGGCCCUUCAGAGCGCAAAAGAUGCCAGGGCCGAAGCCCAAAAGGGCGAACGCGACGGCGGGGAGCGGUGGAGCCGAGGAGGCGUUCCGGCGGGGUCCGACGACGGCGCGUGGCGAUGCGGGGCCGGCGUCGAGCACGUCGGGCGGCGGGGAGGAGAUGAGGAGGCGGUCGACAAAGCGGCGUUCCAGGUGGCGUGGCGACGGACGAGGGCGAGAUGGAGGCGACGGGUGA